AUGUCGGCACCAUGUUACAGAGUGUAUGGAUAUGUUACAACCGUCUUGGUCUCUCGAUGCGACGCCCCAAUUUUCUUUUAUCCACCUAGUCGUGCUGUGAUCAAAACUGCCGAUCGUGCAAACUGUGACGAUAUUACAACCACGAGAACCAGUUGGCAUUCUAACUAUGAAAGUGCCACCACAAACCCCCUUAGCAAGACUAGUGCAGCUAAAGAGAAGAAACUUGGGAGGGUCUUAGGAAUUCAAGCUUCCAGACCUACUUUGAGCACUGACAUUGACAAUAUUACAACCGCAAGAACCAGUCAGCAUACUACUUAUGAAAGUACCACCACAAACCCCAUUAGUAAGACUAGUGCAGCUAAAGAGAAGAAACGGGGGAGGGUCUUAGGAAUUCAAACUUCCAUACCUACUUUGAGCAUAGUCAAUUUUACAACCACGAUCACCAGUCAGCAUUCUACCUAUGAAAGUACCACCACAAACCCCCUAAAUAAGACUAGUGCAGCUAAAGAGAAGAAACUUGGGAGGGUCUUAGGAAUUCAAGUUUCCAGACCUACUUUGAGCACAGACAUUGACAAUAUUACAACCACAAGAACCAGUCAGCAUACUGCUUACGAAAGUACCACCACAAACCCCAUUAGUAAGACUAGUGCAGCUAAAGAGAAGAAACGGGGGAGGGUCUUAGGAAUUCAAGCUUCCAUACCUACUUUGAGCAUAGUCAAUAUUGCUACCACGAUCACCAGUCAGCAUUCUACCCAUGAAAGUACCACCACAAACCCUCUAAGUAAGACAAGUGCAGCUAAAGAGAAGAAACUUGGGAGGGUCUUAGGAAUUCAAGCUUCCAGACCUACUUUGAGCACAGGCAUUUUUACAACCCUGAGUGCCAUUCAAGCUACCAUCACAAAACCCAGUAUUUUGUCUAGUGCAGCUGAAGAUGAGAAGAAAUUUGAACAGGUCUCGGGAACUCAAUCGUCUGGACAUACUUUGACCAUGGAUAUAAUUAUGAAAGCAGCAGAAUUGGCAACACCCAUUUUAAUUAUUAUUGUGAUCGUAGCUGUUCUUGUACGGAAGUGUAAGUCCAGCUCAGGCUCAACUACAUCUACCACUUCACCUGCACAUUCCACGCUUCCUGUGCCAGCCUCCACCUCCACCAGUUUACCUGGAUCAGGCUCUUCCACUUCACUUGUUGUUGAGGUGAUGGACAAUGAAACUCAAGUUUCUCCAGGUCCUGAUGAACAGACAACACCAAAGAGACUUCUCAAUCCUAAAUCCACACCAAGAAGAAAACUCCCAUUCAGAGCUGCACGCAACAGGAGCAAAUACCCAUGGAAGUAA